UCGACUCGUCCCGGGCAAGUAACGAAAAUUCGGCAACCGACAUCGGGAACUGGAGGGGCCGUCGUGCAUUCCUGGUUUCUGGCAGUCCAGUCAGUCACUUUGUCCAUCAGUGUCUCGGGUUUCCUUUCUGUUCUUUCUGUGCACUUUCUUCUGCCUACCUGUCGGGUGCGACGCUCUGCUGCAGUGGCAGACACGGUAGUGAGGUGUCUGCGGAUUGGAGGAAGUUGGACCAUUUUGGGUCGCGCCGAUAAGAUCUGGGAACGGAAAGUCGGGACCCAGUCGGUGGACUUGGUUAGUUAGCGCGCGUUUUCUCCUGGCAGCCACCCCGGGGUUGGGUUGCAUUUUGGUUUCGAUAAGGAAGCAGAGCGGAAGUUUCGGUAUCGCUUAGGGGAGUUUGGGAUGCUUUCCGGUGUUCCACCGAGCUGUCUUCCGCUGCCAGCGGGUGCUGACGAUUAGGCAGAGGAGGCAAAUCGAACGGAGUUCGAUCCCGUGAACGAACAAGUGUUAAAAGUUUGGAUUCAAGGUCCUCCGUCUGGAGCUGGUGCGUGUGUUUGUGUUCAUAAAGGCAUUAAGAAGCUGUUGACGGGAUGAUGCAAAGAUGACUGUCGUGACGUGAAUAAGUAAUGAAAUUGAACGACAGCGAAUGGUGGCUGAAAGCGCGAAGGUUCUGCGACUGGUUUCGAUGAUGGUAGAUCACGAGCUCGGUUGGGAAGCUUGUGGGGAUUGAGGAGAUUGUGCAAAUCGCUGGAUGAUGUUGAUAAAUAUGUUUUGUGCCGUUGCGUGACGAAGUUAGUUCUUGAAAGCAAAGAUUUUCGAUCCGAUCGUGACGAUUAUUUGGCGUUGGGUGCGUUCCGGAAUGCGAAAAGACGGAAUCUGAUUUUCCGCGGCUAAGUUCCGGAAUCAAAUAAAAAAGUGAAGAAAAAAAACUAAAUAAAACGGAAUCACAGACGUGCUACAGACGAGACUUCCUCCUCGCAUUUAAAUCGAGAGGAAAUUGGUUUUUAGAGAUUGCUGCUAACCGUGACCGAUUCCACCGAACAAAAACGGCACCGCAACCAAACGAGGCGAGAUCCUUCGUCCUUGAAAUUCUACGAAAACCAUUUCCCAGACAGUGAGUGAUUUGCCUGGGUUCUGUGCGCGGAAGAAGAAAAAAAAGAACAACAUUUGUGAUGAUAUGAGGGAAAUUCCUUCGAGGUUUUCCCACUAAGGAAGCUCGGCUUCAGUCAAUACAGCGGCGACAUACAUAACAAAAAAAAACGUGCGGUGUUACGGCACCAACAAGUGAAAACAGCUCGCAUUUCCCCAAGUCGGUAGCAUUAUCGCGAUGUUCGGGAAAUAGAAGAAAAAUAAACCCAAAAAGGGGGCACGAGUGUCUGUGUGAUGUGAAGAAGAUAAAUGAAAAAAGCACAAAAACGUUUGGCGGGUGGCGAGAUACAAGGUGAUACGACAGACCAGUAAGUGGGAGAAGCAAAAAGUGGGAGUACAAGUUGUUAAAAUGCGAAAAAAUCCUCCAAGUUGCGUGUGCUCCCAGCAGUAAGAUUUGUAGCGAUGCCGAAGACGAUGACGAGUGAGUUAAGUUGAGGGGCAAAACGGGGGGCACCAUCUCGCACCCAAACACUCGUGCGGUGCGUUUUCGUCUAAGCAGAUUGGGGCAAACCAACCAGAAGAUUAAGAUUAUCUUGGUCAGAGAGCGUGAAAAAACAACAAUUUCCCCAGAAGUCCUGGUCGCAGCUGCCGGAAAGAAGAAGGAUUGAGCGCAUUUGAAGCGGAAUUGGACCACGCGAUUGGUUUCGUUCACAGCGCUUUGGCAUCGCCACCGGCAGCAACAAAACGGCUACUUCUCGCAGCAGGUGGCCGCCGCAAUCCACCAUCCAGCGUCGCCCGUCUCCUAAUAGCUCUGCGGCCGUUGUUGCAGCAGACUGGUGCACCUGUCCGCGUUUGUGGUCGCGAUCGUGCACCGGCCGCCGACGACGAAAAUUCCCUUCGGAAUCAUCACCCGCCAAUCGAGCGGCACGCUUCGCCUAGGUGGUCCACCGUCGACCAGCACAAUCAUCCGGACCACAACGCUCAACGCUAGGUCGGCCGUACGCCGGAAGAAGCGCCGAAGACGGAAGAAAAAAGUGACCGCCUCCACGAUGGGCCACUGUCAAGUGGCGUUCCGAGCAACUGAUUGUCCCUUGUAGUGGCACUCGGACGACCCUGUCACGUCAGAGUUGAGAAGCGUGGGCGGGUGCGCGAGGGAGGACAACCGAAUCUUGGGACAGCUCUACGAGCACAGUUAAUCGCAGUAUCUACGUCUACGUUUGUGUAAAGUUUUGUUUUUGAAAUCUUCGUGCGUGUUUUCGUUCGUUAGUGGUGAAAAUUUGGAGCAGAAGUUCUGCUGUGUGCGUGUGUGUUUUUUGCUGUUCGACAACACAAAUUUUUACAAGCCGAUUCCCCUGGGAGCCGACAGGAGCAAAAAUUUCAUGCGGAAAAUCGGAAUUUCGGAAUAAAACGGGUAUUUUAAGGAAACAAAUUGUUGCUGAUGGUCAUCUGAUAGCAGCAGUCAAUAAGAGUAAUGGAGCAAAUCAAAUCACUAAUCAAUCUAUAAAUAUCUAUCAAAGUAAUGUUAUACGAGAGCACAUCAGCGGUCAGUUGAUUUAUUUCUAGAAUCGGAUUCUAUGCUUUGUGUAUAAAGUAGCUUACGAGUAAGUCAGGAAUUAACCAUAAAUAAUGUGUGCAUAGAAAUAUUUUUAGCGUCAAAUUGUGUCUAAACGUUUCUUUCCAUCGCACACAUAUUCAUUGUUUCAAGCAUAGAAUGUUCAAUUAAAUGGAUCUUAGCGUAAGACACACAUAAUCUACCCAAUUCGAGUGCAAUAAUAUCUAAUUAGCAAAGCAAGAAAAGUUUCAAAAUCUUAAAAAAAUAAAACACCAUGUGGGACCAGCCAAUUACACCACCGCCAGUUAGACCGUCGACGCUUUGACCGUUGUUUAGAACAGCAGAAUCAUAAUCUUUGUGUUGGCGUCCAGUAGUAUCCGCCUGCCACAAUGGAUUACCCGAUGAUAACAACCGGAAAUAUCUCGCAGGAAGACUUCCUGGCCGCCGUCGCGGUGAACUCUUCCCUCUUGUUGCGUGGGUCCGCCACCAACGCGCUGAACGAUACGCUCGGUGGGGUGCUGGCCACCGGCGACAACCGAACUCUCUUCCACGGCUAUCCGAGCGGGUACACACUGCCGCACAUCAUCAUCGCUUCAAUUAUCGUGACAAUACUAAUGAUAAUCAUCGUAGUCGGUAACAUGCUGGUGAUCAUAGCGAUCGCCACCGAGAAGGCCCUCAAGAACAUCCAGAACUGGUUCAUCGCGUCGCUGGCGGUGGCGGACUUCUUCCUGGGCCUCGUGAUCAUGCCUUUCUCGCUCGCCAACGAGCUGAUGGGCUACUGGAUCUUCGGGAACUGGUGGUGCGACAUUCACUCGGCGAUGGACGUUCUGCUGUGUACGUCGUCGAUCAUGAACCUGUGUCUGAUAUCGCUGGACCGGUACUGGAGCAUUACGAAGGCGAUCGAGUAUCUGAAAUCGAGGACCCCGGCCCGGGCGGCCUUCAUGAUCGCUGCCGUGUGGAUCAUGUCGGCGUUGGUGUGCAUACCGCCGCUGCUGGGUUGGAAGGCGCCGCGACCGGAGGAGCACGUGGAGCUGCCACAAUGUCAGGUUGGUUGUUAAUCCAUUCAUCCAUUCCCGAAACAUAUGCGUAAAAGGUAAACAAUAUUUUUAUUUACAAAAUAU